AUGCAGCCACAGCCUACUCCUCCAGUUCCACCCGUUACAGGUGCUUCGGACCCUGCGGAAUAUUACCUGAAGCGGAGACGGGCGGCCCUCGGGUGCACGUUGGCCCUCCUUGCAUUGUCUCUGGUCAUUCUAACAGUUGGUUUGGUGGCUUCAACGCGCACUGACAAUGUUGCUGUGGCUGGCUUCUACCCGGGAAUCAUUCUCAGCUUUGGGUCCUUCCUUGGUAUUCUUGGCAUUAAGCUGAUGGAGAAUCGCAGACCCAUGCUCAUAGCAGCCAUCAUUUUCAUCAGUCUGGGGAUAAAGUCCUGUUUCUUCUGCGCUAUCAUCGAUGGAGUCAUCGCUGCUGAGUUCCUUGAUAUACGUCCGCUGAUGCAGGGCAGAUGUUUAUUUUACUCCAGUGGAGUGGGCCAUGUGUACGGCAACUACUACGGUGGCACUGAGGUAACCUGUCAGUCAUACAACAAGAGGUGUGAGCUCCGCGUGAAGGCCAACAGCUGCUAUUGCUGUGAUUUGUACAACUGUGAGAGCUCCGACUACCAAGAGCGCUACUAUGAGUUCAUGGGUGUGAGGGGCUGCUGGGACGUGAUCCACCUGCAUCGGCUCCUGUGGGCGUCUGUGGUACUCAACGUCACCGGUAUCUUCCUGGGCAUCACCACUGCAGCUAUCCUGGGAGGUUUUAAGAACCUGUCCCCAGAUCCUCCACAGGCUUCUCUUACACCCAACCCCCCUCCUCCUCUGGCCCCCCCACACAUGCUGUAUAACCCCACGCAGCAUCUGAUGACCUACCCGAGGUUCUGCCCCCCUGGACAAGCGCUGCCUGUAUACCCAAACUACUCUAUUCCCAUGCAGCACCAAAAUGGCUGCCUACAUCCUGCCAACUCUACUGUUCCUCAGCCUCACAGUGAAGAUUCCACUGCCCCAUUGGAAGAAACUCAGCUCCACGACCAAAACCCAAGUUACCCCCCAAACCCCUCUACUGCCUCUCAAGCGGACGCUUCCGGCUACAUGCUCACCCCUAAUGCCCCUGCACUUUACGCCCAGCCCUGUGGCAUGUUCGAGAAGCCUCCCCCCUAUGCCUGCUGAGGUGCAUUUAGGACUCAAAUGCAUCUAGGUUAAAGAGGAGAAGCGCUUCAAAUGAUGAUUACCACCAACUCUCUACUGAAAUUAUAGCUACCGUGGAAUUUGGUUUGUGAUUUAUUCAGACCACAUUGACUAUUCCUGUUGACUUACAAUUGAAGACCUAUGUAGGGACCAGCAAGCCUCUUAGGCCUGGGAUAUACCUGAUUUGACCUGGUUUAGCAGAUGCUUUUAUCCAAAGAGGCUUACAACAAUGAGGAAUAGCAUUCAAGCUACUUUGCAGAACUGACCUUACGUAGCAAUUAAUAUUACAACAAUAAAUACUGGUAGAGGACGAGUGCAGAAGUUUAAAUACUUAAAUCCUUCCCCAUCUCUCUCUCUCCAACUCUCUUCCUGUCUAUCUCCAAUGUCCUGUUGAUAUAAAGGCAAAAAGCCCAAAAACAAAUAAAUAUAUAAAAGAGAGAUGUUAUGAGUGUUAGGAGAGGAGGGUCUUGAAGAUAGAGAGGGAUGAUUCAGCUCAGCUACUCACACGUCCUGCAUCUGUUUGAUACGUCAGUCGUGCACAUACUCGAGAUGCAAUUCACAUUGACGUUAGGGGCGGUAGUAUAGGCAUAGUAUUUGACCGCACAUGGGCACGCAAGACCGGCCCUUUUUUUACAACUCUGGGUCUGAAUUCUGUGGUCUGCCUCCAGUAACAUGCGUAGCGACCUGCGUUGUAAUGAAGCAACAAUGCGCACACUUGGUCAAAAACCAUGUAUAUCUCAGGCCUCAUGAUGUGAGCUAUGGUAUUAAUCAGGCUUGUGCAAAAUUCCAGAAUUGAAAUGAAACUGGCUCUUAAAUUCCAAUUCAAUUCUUGAAUUUCACUGGCAUUUCAAUUGAGGUAGCAAACAGGAAGCAGAAUUGCAAUUCGAAUUGUGCACAACCCUGGUAUUAAUGUGAGACAAUUUAUAAUACCAGAAAUGACUGAGUUUCACACCCAUGAGAGCUGGUCAAUUACAUCGAGUUUUUUUUACAUGACGGGAGGGCUCCACAAGUGAUGAUGUCUGCCACUGAUCAGCAUCGCACUUGUUGAGAAGAUAAAGAUGUGAUGGACUUCAGGGUAAAGAGUGUGAGGUAGUAUGAAGGCUUCAGAAUGGUGACAUGCUGUUUACACUGGCUGGUUGAUGUGACCAAAUUGUGAAAAACUAUUAGCAAUUCUAAGCUUAUAAAUUGUUUCUGUCACAUUCAGCAAAUAUCUCUAGUGCACACUGUCACAUUCCGCAUACCUCCUAUCCUUUUAGCGAGCACACUGAAAAGCAUUCGCGGUUAUCUCCACAGCCCUGGCAUACAUUGAAAAUAGUGUGCAGUCUCUCACACAUCACUAUUGCAGCCAAUAACAGACAUCCCAACCUGCAAAAAGCCA